AAUUAGUAUAAAUGACACUACUGUGCCAAAGUUUAUAACAUAACAAUGAGGUGUGCCAUCAUAUUGACGGUGAUCAGCGUUGCAUUAGCGGCGUCGGUGCCUGCGCCGGCGCAGCAGCGUAUAGUCGGCGGCCGACCCACCACAGUCGACAAGUACCCGUUUGCUGGGAACACGCAAAUCUCUGAAAAUGGCAUAGUAUGGCUCUCUCAAUGUGGAGGUACCUUGAUCAGUACCACCGCUGUACUGUCCGCAGCUCACUGCUUCGAUUUCGGGUUUCCAGCUAGAUAUUAUGGCGUUCGCCUUGGAAGUUCUUACCCUAGCAGCGGAGGAACCGUCUUCAAUCUAGCUUCAUACGUGAACCAUCCUGAAUACAACACUCCGUAUCACGCCAACGAUGUGACCAUUCUGAAACUGGCCACGCCUGUCGUAUUCGAUGACCUCAAGAGAAAUGCUCGCAUCCCCGCCCCUGUGUUCCCGAUAGCAGAUGGCGCUGAAUUGACUGUGAUUGGUUGGGGCAGUUUGUAUACUGAUGGUCCAGCACCGGAGAUCCUCCAAGAAGUCCAGCUGAACAAAGUUGACACGAAGAUUUGCGCCGAACGCUACCGAACCCUCAAUGCAGAAUUACUACCGUACCCUGACGUCAUCGACACAAUGUUAUGCAGUGGCAUCGAUGCCGGCGGCAAGAGUUCCUGUCACGGAGACUCGGGAGGUCCCGUCUUGUUGAAUGAGGAUAUUGUAGUUGGAAUCGUCUCCUGGAGUCACCAGAACUGCGGUGAACCGAUGUACCCUGGCGUCAACACGCUCGUCAGCGCCUUUAGUGACUGGAUUGUUGCAAAUGCUUAGGUUAACAAGAAAUAAAUGAUGUGUGUACU